AUGCUCGUCUCUGUCGAUCAUCCAUGUAUUUUGAGUCUUUGCAGAGCGUUUAAAUUUCUCCAGGAAGAAGAAGAACCAUCAUCCACAAACACCACACUCUUACAAGGAAAUGUCUCGAGUGUUGGAAGCUCGAGUGGUAGCAGUAGUAGUAGUAGUAGCAGUGAUAGCGAUACUCUUCAUCCAAACAACAUUCAGCCAAGUGAUUUAAUUGAACUGUUCGAACAAAAACCAAUUCAUGACGUCACGAAAGAAAAGGCUAAGAAGCAACAUGCAAAAAAGAAAGAUCAAACUGAGGAUGAAUCUUUACUAAAUUACGAUCCUGGUAAAGGUGUACCACUCUUCAUGGAUGUGAGCACAGGUCAAUCCACAAAACAAAAAUGGGAAUUGGUGUUUGGAGUUGGACCUCAACGCCUUGAGCUUGAUUCUUCACGUUCUGGACGAUUGUAUAUGGCUUCUUUGAAAGCCCUUAAUUUACCUUACAUUUCUACUCAUCUCUACAAGAUGAAAGAGAAUCAAACAUCAAAACAGCUCGAAGAAAUUUGCAACAAGAUUUCAAAACUAUGUUUAAUGCAAGAAUCUCAACUUUCAAAUGUUAUGAAUCAAGUACUCAUUCCCAAUAUUCCACUCUUCGAUCAUUAUGAAAAAGUCUCUGAGACAUUAGAUCGCUAUUUACAAGAAAUUGAUCACCAUAUUGAAUUAGAGGAACAACAAGAAGCAAUGCAACAAAAGGCCUUUUCAAAGAAAUCAUUGCGAGAAGUCAUGGAUACCAAAAAAAAGUGA